GCUGAUGCAGAGGAGCGGCCGUUUGGCAGGAGGACAGAGGGAGAGCGUCCUGCACGAGGACAGGUGACUCAUCAUGACAACACAGCCAGGUGAAGUCCGGCCCAAAGAAGAGGCGUCUUUUCCUGAAGCUGCUGCCCACUCAACACCUAAACAGGUAGGGGAGGGGGAGCUGGCUGAAAGCCACGCACAGAGCUCAUUGGCUGAGGACUCAACCAGUCACCUUUCAUCAGGCAGUCAUACCGCCCGCUCUCCAGCCAAAACCCCUCUGAGCUUCAGAACGAUGCAGACCAGAGUGACUUUACUGGACGGGUCACUGUUCACCUGUACUGUAGAGGUGUUGCCUGGAACUUUUCCUUUAAUGUUAAGUUUUACCCUCCUGACCCCGCCCUGCUGUCUGAGGAUUUAACCAGGUACUUCCUGUGUCUUCAGCUUAGACAGGAUAUCAUUUCUGGCCGUCUUCCUUGUUCGUUUGCGACCCACACCGUCCUUGGUUCCUACACAGUUCAAUCAGAGCUUGGGGACUAUGAUCCAGACGAAUGUGGUCCAGACUAUGUCAGCGAGUUGUGUUUCGCUCCAAAUCAAACUAAAGAGAUGGAGGCUAAGAUCAUGGAGUUACACACAACUCACAGAGGAAUGAGCCCAGCUGAAGCAGAGCUGCACUUCCUGGAAAACGUGAAGAAACUCUCCAUGUAUGGAGUUGACCUCCACCAUGCAAAGAUGGUAGGAAAUCGUUUUGAUUGCUUGUCUGCUGCUAAGUCGGAGGACUCCGAGGGCGUGGCCAUCAUGCUGGGCGUGUGCAGUAGCGGCCUUCUGGUGUACAGAGACAGACUGAGGAUCAAUAGAUUCUCGUGGCCAAAAAUUGUCAAGAUUUCGUACAAAAGGAACAACUUUUACAUUAAAAUCCGACCAGGAGAGUUUGACCAGUUUGAGUCCAUCAUUGGUUUCAAGUUGCUGAACCACAGAGCAGCAAAGCGGCUGUGGAAAGUGUGUGUGGAGCAUCACUCCUUCUUCAGGCUGGUGUCUCCAGAGGAACCACCAAAAAGGUUUCUGUCUCUUGGUUCAAAGUUUCGCUACAGUGGACGGACUCAGAUUCAGAGUCGUAGAGCCAGUGCUCAGAUUUCCAGACCUGCGCCGAACUUCCCCAGAUGCAUCAGCAAGAAGAGUAUGCUCAGCCGCAGCCUAGAUGGAGAUAUGGGCUCAGGGCUGUACGGAGCAUCUAAAGCCAUUGCUGUUGGUGAUCUCAUCAUCACAGGAACACCUGAGAGGAGAAUGGACGAAAGGAAGCAGGAGCCAGCUGAGGAGGUUCUGGUGGUGGUGGUGGAGGAGGAGGUACACCAGGAGCAUCUAGACUCAGAACAGCAGCUGGAGGAGGUGAAAAAUGGGACAAGAGAAACAGAAGUUUCUCAACAGAGUCCCCCAACUCCUCAGAAACAAGAUACAAAGACUGAACUGACUGAUACUGCUAUAGAUGGAGACCUGACAGCAACUGAGUCUGAUCAGGAUGAAGAUCUGAAAACUCAGGAGACUUUAAGUCCAGAGGAGCUGCAGAACCCUCAGAGUAGCAUCAGUGCUCUCAGACGCUCCUUCUUGGAAGGAGGACCAGCAGGAGGAGAGGAAAGAAUGAGUGAGUGGGACAAACGUCUGCUCCGAGCUGACGACUCUCCAAUGAUUGAACCUCUGGAGCCAGAAGAGCCCAAACCUAUGUUUGAUGAAAUGUCUCCUGAGCUGACGGCGCUGCUAAAAUCYGCCAGAGAACAAAAUACCUUCAGAGAACACAACCUGAUGAAGACUUCAGAGAAGGUGGAGACGCUCUUACUGCUGUCAGAGUCUUGUCACCAAGAUCAGCCAAUGACACGUCAGCCUCAGGUAGCAACAAGUCUUGUGGGCCCGCCCCCCAUUAACCCCCCACCUCCUCCACCAGGAGCUGAUGUCAUAGACCAGUGGGCCCAUGAUGUUAACAGGAACAGUGCUGCAGAUGUUGACAUGGCUAACAGUCCAGUAGAUAAGCACCAUGUCAGAGAUGAUGAUGAUGAUGAUGAUGAUGAUGUACCCAGUAAUCAAACUAGCACUGACAGUGAUGAAGAGGCCAGUGAGGAUGUUAUUAGCGUGUUAGCUCAAGCUGAAGUUAAUGAAGCAGUGCACUCAGCAGUCACACACACUAAUGAUGCUACUGAGGAUAGCAUUAACGCUAACUUUGUAGUUAGCUUUGGUAAUCAGCUAGCUGAUGAGGGUCAGAGUUGUUCCAGAAGCCAGAAUAACCAUGAGAGUGGAGAAUCUGACAGCUCACAGGAUGAAGGAGGCUGGAGAUUUGAGGAAAACUCCCCUCCUCCAACCUUACCCCAGCCCACGCCCAAGUUCUCAGCCAGCUGGGCUCAAGCAUCCACCUACAGAGAUGAUGAAGAUGAAGCUGAACCUCUGCAGGAGGAGGUCCCUGUGCUGAGGAAGACUCUGACAUAUGAAGCUCCAGGGAGCCAAGUGGACUCUGAUCCCUCUUCAGGCCUGCUGCUCAGCUCCCAGACCUUCACAUCAGAGACUUCCAACACCACCACUACUACACACAUCACAAAGACAGUGAAAGGAGGAGUUUCAGAAACAAGAAUUGAAAAAAGAAUUGUGAUUUCUGGAGACACAGACGUUGACCAUGACCAGGUACUUUCAUCAUGAACUCAGUAACAGAUACCCAGUGACUGUCAUGGUUACCUCUCUAACAAUGACCAACGUUCAGACAUCAGUAAGUGACUGGAUCAGUGCUUGAACUCCACCAUCAUGUCGUGUUUCUUCUCUAACRCACCUGCUUUAAACUUUGACUCUUUAUCAGCUGUUUCUCAACAACCAGCAGUUUAAAGGAGGUGUGUUGAAGCACCAGAAACACUACAAACUGCAGGCUGCUGAGAUCCAGACCAAAACACUGGACUACAGGACUCAAACAGGACUUGAUUAAACCCUAAAACAUGUGUAUGGACCAGGUCAGAUCUGCAUCCAGAUGUGGGCCAGCUCUGACUCUUCAUGUUUCUGUUGAAGGCCCUGGCAGCUGCUCUCAGUGAAGCACAAAGGCAGCACCCUGAGCUGUCUGUUACUCGUGUUGUCAUCCAUAAGGAAACUGAGGUGUCUCCU